AAUUGUUCCUAGUCUCAGCCCAUGGAAGACACGGACUGGGGAAACCAAACCACCAUCAUGGAAUUCAGUCUCCUGGGAUUCGGGGAUCUCCCUGACCUGCAAAUUCUUCUCUUCCUGCUGUUCCUAGUGAUCUACACCACAACUGUGGCUGGGAACACCCUCAUUGUCCUGCUUGUUGUGGCUGAUCAGCACCUGCACACCCCCAUGUACUUCUUUCUGGGGAAUUUGUCCUGCUUAGAGACCUGCUACACCUCCACCAUUCUGCCCAGGAUGCUGGCCAGUCUCCUGACUGGGGAUAAAACCAUCUCAGUCAGUGGCUGCCUCACACAACUGUACUUCUUUGGUGCUCUGGCAUCUACAGAAUGCUAUCUGCUAGCUGUGAUGUCUUAUGAUCGGUAUUUAGCAAUAUGUAAACCCUUGCAUUAUUCAUCUCUUAUGAAUAUCAGGUUUUGUCUCCAGUUGGCUGCUGGGUCAUGGUUAAAUGGGUGUUUAGCUAUUACCAUCUUCAUAUUAUGUGUGUCACAGUUCAUAUUCUGUGGUCCAAAUGAAAUUGACCAUUUCUAUUGUGAUCCCAUCCCACUGAUAAAACUCUCCUGCGGGGACACUCACCUGAUCAUAUUGGUGGAUUUCAUUCUAGCCUGUGUAUUCACCUUGCCUCCAUUUCUACUAACCCUGAUGUCCUAUGUGUGUAUCAUAGCCACCAUCCUGAGAAUCCCAUCCACCACAGGGAGGCAAAAGUCAUUUUCCACCUGCUCCUCCCACCUCAUUGUGGUGACAAUUUUCUAUGGGACACUAAUGAUUGUCUACAUGCUACCGAAAGUUGAUACACUAAGAGUCCUAAAUAAAGUGCUCUCGCUUUGCUACACAGUGCUGACUCCCCUGGUGAACCCCCUUAUCUACAGUCUGAGAAACAGAGAGGUCAGGGAAGCCUUGCACAAAGCGCUCAGUAAAUACAUAACUUUCACAAAGAACAUAGAGAAUCCUAGAUAA